AUGGAGGAUGUAUGUUAUUUCGAUUUAAUACCAUAUGAAACAGUUCAACAUAUACUAUCGUUUCUUGGACAUAUAGAGUUAUGUAGAUUAUCUCAGACAUCGAGCGAGAUGUCGAUGCACACCGAACUGAAAUGGGAUGAUCUACUGUUGGAUGUCUACGGUGAUAGUUGUGAAGCACUCAAUGAAAAGUAUGUCACUGAACAAGCGACACCUCUAUCGCCAUUCAAGCUCUAUGCAUAUCUACACCACAGAAUCACUAGAGUAGCGGGUGACAACUAUCUUCCGAUGCGUAGCAUUUGGUCGCGUCUUGAAAAGUGGGCUAUUGCCAACGAUCAACAAGAUUACCUUUUAGAUUCACUAAAGAUACCGAUCACCGAUAACAUCGUAGAGUUUAGCAAGGAUGCAACUGCAACUGUCCAUGUAUUCGAAAUGAACAGAGAACGAUAUAGAGUACCACCAAGAUUUCAGACAUCUAUAACACCACCACCAAUUCCUAAAUCCUGCCUGUUUCCACGAGAUUACAUUGCAUCGCUACUCAUCUACAAUGGUCAGAACAAGUCGACGCAGUACGGAUUAUUCGGAACGUUCGAAGCAUACGACUUUAAAACCAACAUCAUAUUAUUAUCAUUCGAGUCAUCCUCUGAUAUCUACCGACAGAAAUACUCUUACUAUGGAGAGAAAUUCGGUAAUAUAUGGCCAGUCGCUUUUUCCGUCUCCACUGAGCGUUGUUACUAUCUCGUAAUAAACAGCGACACCGGAUACAAAGAUAUUCAUCCGGGCAAUGUCAUUCUGCCAUGUGGAAACGGUUCGCCGAUAGUCGUUGCCAAUAGCUUCCAGGAGUUCCUGGAGCAGCAUGUCGUCAAGUUGGAAACGAAUGUACUUACUCUACGUGAUAACGUCAUCUCGAGAUAUCCAGAGUACUCCAAUUUCAUAUCACAAGUAAAGACCAAUGGUAUAUGGGUAAAAGGUAGUGCUGUCUAUGUACCCGAAGAAAGAGGUAGCGGCGACUAUUCCUUCUUCUACAGAAUAUCGAUGUGGAUGGAUAAAGAUGAAGAUGCAAGUUACUCAGCACAGCUCAUUACCAGACAUUGGGAUAUAUCAACACCAUCGAGAACCGAUACGGUCGAUGGUGAAGGUGUGAUCGGUGAAUUCCCGAAGCUUACACCCGGUGACAAAUUCGAGUAUUGCAGUCGUUGCAAUGUCGAUUCACCGAAUGGCAGUCAGAUGUCUGGCUACUUUAACUUUAUACCAUUGAAACCAAACAUGGAUACACCAUCGGUUAUCAGUGUAAUAGCACCGCCAUUCCAACUGGAUAUCUCUCAACAUUAA